CUUGACGGAAGCAGCUCGAUGGUGAUGCUUUGCUUGCUUUGUGGGGUUUCUACUGUAGAUGUAUCAACAAGAUAGCUGCCCACCAUGAAAUUCAACACAAUUCUUGCAGCGCUGCCCGCCGUGGCAUCAGCAGCCAAGAUGGCACUACCAACAGCUACCGAGCCGGCCCACUUGACCGCACGCCAGCAACCUACCCCGACCGCAGAGGAUGCAAGCUCCUUGAUAACCGCCUGCGCUUCAUCCUUCUCCGCCCGCGAGGCGAUCUGGUCCUCGCUCGUUCCCCAACCCAGCGCUCUGGUCUCCUAUUACUCGGAGCGGUACCGUUCGGUGACGGAUGAGUGCGGCAGCCACGUCGCCGACGCGACCGCCGUGGUGCCCGAAGACGUGCAGUCGCUCCAGUACAGCUGGGCGGACGGCAUGUUUUCCACCCUGAGCGCCAACAACUACUUCACCACGCCUGCCGGGUGCACCGGGGUAUACCGGAGCCUGUACGACGAGUGGCUCACGAGCAGCCUCAGUGCGUACGAGUCGUGCGUCGGCGCCUACAACUCGAGCACCUCUGCCGCUGCGGCGGCCGCCUCGACCGCCUCCACCACUGCCGCUGCAAGUCCAAGCGAGACGCCUGCCAAUUCGGGCGCGGCGGGGAGGAUCGGUGUUUCAACCGGCCUUUUACUCGGCGUCUUGGCUGUUUUUGGUUACAUCUGAGCUGGUCAUGAACUGCGAAGGGAUGGCUCUCGGAAGCUGUUUGCGUAUUUAAACCGGCCAAGAGAGACUAAACUCUCCACGGGCGGUGUACCCUCGGCUUGCUCGGGCAGCGACAGUCUGACGGAUGUGGCUGUGUGGCGCACGAAUCAAUUCUCCGAUGACGAAUGCCUAGAAUAGGUCCGAGCACUUAGUACUUAAAUUAAUAUGUAUGCAAGAGUUGGGAACCUGACAUGUUACGACGGGCCGCGACCGCAUCUUGAAUGCCAGGAGCUGACUUGCAUCCCAGGAACCUUUGGUUGGACUCACUAUAACGGUAAUUAUUUUGCACAUGCUCAUCCUCAUAGAAAGAAUACAAUUGCGGUGGACACGAGAUCUCGGCAAUCGUACACAAGCAUUGCAACACCAACCCGCCAAGUUAUCUGUGCAGCGUUCCCCCAUAUUAG